AUGGCCCCCCUUCAGAACUUCAUCGCGAACCGGCUCCCGGUGGCGGCCACGAUCGCUUCCGGAUCAUUGGGGGACGAGUUUAGUAACUGGUUCGGUCAGUUCAGCGUAUGGUUUGCCCAACAAUGGGAGCAGUUUCUGGCAUGGGCUUCGCAACCUCAUGUUAUGGCAGCCGUCUUAGCAUGGCUCAUUACAUUCUGGGUUGUUUGUAUCAUCAUCCUUGGGCUGGGGUUUGGGCCGGCCGGUGUUGUCGCCGGCUCGCUUGCUGCGUCCUGGCAGUCCUACGUGUACGCGGGUUUCACGCCCGCAGGAGGCCAAGGGCUCGGUGCCAGAUCUGCUCCUAUACAACCAGCCGACAACCAACGAGCUGAGACCCCAGCUGCUACUCAAGGCCAUCCGCAGCGAGGUGGCCUCACUGUUCGGCGAUUGCGGCUCGGGCGCCGUAGAUCGCAGCCUUCAGGGUAG